CCUAGCGCUUCCGGCGGGGCCAGCUGCGGCUCCGCCAUGGGGAAGAAACACAAGAAGCACAAAGCCGAGAAGGCAGAAUGGCGCUCGACCUCCGCCACCGCCUACAGCGAUUAUGUGGACAAGCCUUUGGAAAAACCCUUAAAGCUGGUUCUUAAAGUUGGUGGCAGUGAAGUCACUGAACUCUCUGGGUCAGGGCAUGACUCUAGUUACUACGAUGAUAGAUCAGAUCAUGAGCGUGAACGACAUAAAGAAAAGAAGAAAAAGAAGAAGAAAAAGUCAGAGAAGGAAAAAGAAAAGCAUCUAGAUGAUGAGGAAAGAAGAAAGAGAAAAGAAGAGAAAAAGAGGAAAAGGGAGAAGGAACAGUGUGACACUGAAGGAGAAACUGAUGACUUUGAUCCUGGGAAAAAGGUGGAGGUUGAACCUCCUCCAGAUCGUCCUGUCAGAGCUUGCAGAACUCAGCCAGCUGAAAAUGAGAGCACGCCAAUCCAGCAAUUACUGGAACACUUCCUUCGCCAGCUUCAAAGGAAAGAUCCUCAUGGGUUUUUUGCUUUUCCAGUCACGGAUGCCAUUGCUCCUGGAUAUUCCAUGAUAAUAAAACACCCUAUGGAUUUUGGUACAAUGAAGGAAAAAAUUGCAGCAAAUGAAUACAAAUCAGUCACUGAAUUCAAGGCUGAUUUUAAACUGAUGUGUGAUAAUGCAAUGACUUACAACAGACCAGAUACUGUUUACUACAAGCUAGCCAAGAAGAUACUGCACACAGGCUUUAAGAUGAUGAGCAAAGAACGGCUGUUAGCUUUGAAGCGCAGCAUGUCGUUUAUGCAGGACAUGGAUUUUUCUCAGCAGGCAGCUCUUUUGGGCGAUGAAGACAUAGCAGUUGAAGAACCUGUUCCUGAAGUUGUUCCUGUACAAGCAGAGACUACCAAGAAAUCCAAAAAGCAAAAUAAAGAAGUUAUUAGCUGCAUUUUUGAACCUGAGGGGAAUGCAUGCAGCCUGACAGACAGCACUGCUGAAGAACAUGUCCUGGCACUAGUGGAACAUGCAGCAGAUGAAGCUCGGGAUAGGAUCAAUCGAUAUCUACCCAACAGCAAGAUUGGUUAUCUGAAAAAAAAUGGAGAUGGAACUUUAUUGUUUAGUGUAGUAAAUUCAUCUGAUCCAGAAGCAGAAGAGGAAGAAACUCACCCAGUGGAUCUGAGUUCACUGUCAAGCAAAUUAUUACCUGGCUUCACUACACUGGGCUUCAAAGAUGAACGAAGAAAUAAAGUAACCUUUCUUACCAGUGCCAAUACAGCACCUUCUUUGCAAAACAACUCUAUAUUUCAUGAUCUGAAACCAGAUGAGAUAGAGCUUCUAUACUCAGCAUAUGGUGAUGAAACUGGGAUCCAGUGUGCCUUAAGCUUACAAGAAUUUGUGAAGGAUGCUGGAAGUUACAGCAAGAAAAUAGUUGAUGAUCUUCUGGACCAGAUCACUAGUGGUGACCAUUCCAAAACUAUUUAUCAGCUAAAGCAGAGGCGAAACAUUCCAGUAAAACCACUGGAUGAAGUUAAAGUUCUGCCAGUUCUUAUAAAAGAAGAACACAAGUUGCGCAAUACCUGUCUGGAUUCUUCCAAACCGAUUAUGGUUGGAGAAUCUGCUGGAGACAGUAACACUUCUGACUUGGACUUUCUCUCCAUGAAGCCGUAUUCAGAUGUAUCUCUUGAUAUUUCUAUGUUAAGUUCCUUAGGAAAAGUGAAGAAGGAGUUUGAUCAUGAUGAUAACCAUCUACAUCUAGAUGAAACAACAAAACUCCUUCAGGACCUUCAUGAAGCUCAGGCUGACAGAGUGGGAUCCCGGCCAUCAUCCAAUUUGAGCUCCCUUUCCAAUACCUCUGAAAGAGACCAACAUCAUCUUGGAAGCCCCUCUCAUCUGAGUGUUGGAGAACAGCAAGACAUGGUUCACGAUCCGUAUGAAUUUCUUCAGUCUCCAGAAACCUCAAACGCUACUAGUAACUAAUCUGACAUGUACUAUAUUUAUUUUGUAUUUUAAUUGUAUUAUGUUUUUAUAAAGUUUUUGUCCAUGACAGAAACUGCAUUUUUGUCCUCUUUUCUAUGAGGAUUGCUGUAUAUUAUCAUGUAUACAGGAUGAAACAAGCAAACAUAUAAAAACCCCAACCCCAAACUAAUUAGUGCACCAAGUUGGUAGCAAUAUACCAAGAACUGCUUUCAUUUUGUUUGUUAAAGGAGAGUGUUAUUUACUGAUGUGUGAAUCUUGACUGAAAAGCAGCAAAUAACGUGUUAGAAAAAUUUAUAUUUUAUAGACACUGAAAAGUGAUAAUUUUCCCAGAAUCACGACAACAGUCAUUAAAUGUUUGCAGUACAAUUAUCACCGAGUUCUGUAGAUAAUUAUUCUGUUAUCUACUGUUCAGGCUAAGACCUGAACAUCUCUAAGGAAGAAAAAAAAGAACUGCAUUAAUCAGGAAUUAUUGUGUUUUCCAUCUCCAAAUGCUAAUAAUCUGUAGAAAUUGUUUUAAACAUUUCCCCAUAUUUUAAAAUCUUUUUUUAAUCACUGCAGGGAGCAUUUAUUUUCAGAGUAACAGUACUUGAUAGUUCCAGUAGAAUGCUCAUUUACAAAACUUCUACCCUGGAUUUGAAAAAGAUGUAUGUUCUUGUGAUCCCUUGUAUCUUGAAGCACAAAGGAAAGAUAAUACUUGUAUUUUUUAAUAUGAUGUGUAUAUCUCAUAGGGUGAAAAAAAUACUGGAUAAGGUGUGCUUUUCAGUAAUUCCAAAAUAAAACUUUUAUAAUACAUCAGUGCUGAAAUUGAGGGGUUUUGUACUAUUGCUAUUUGCAAGCAGACAAAUGUUAUGAAUUUACAUUAUUUUGUAAAUAUUAAUAAAAAUAGAAAAGCAGUUUUGAUGUACAGCACAUCUGUUGUCCUUGCCAGGGAGAAGUUUGCUUCCUUAUACUUAGUCUGGAAUACUAAUGAGUUUUGGGUUGAAUUCAUGGGCUGCUUCAAAAGAUUAAUUUCAUCAUGCCACAUGGAGCUAUAAACAAAAAAACCCAGUUUUAGUAACCUCCUCAGUUUUUAGGAACCAUUAAUGAAGUCAGAUAACUGGUAGUAAAGUCUUGAUAAAUUCUAAAUAGGAAGAUUGUUUCAUUCCAAGUGGGAGUGCUGAAGAAAGAACAGUGUGAGGUUUUUCUGUCUGGGAGUUGUUAGGAAUGUGUGUGGCACUGUGCUUGGGCUCCUUUGCCACUCCUGCAUUCUGACUGUGGGUUCUUGGAAGUGACAUGGAUGAUCUGCCGCCCUGUGGCAGUGUUGUUGGUGAGGAUUUGCAUGGGCAUAUAGCCUUGUGUGGGUUUGCAGCUUCCCAAAACUAUUUCAAUUGAAAAGUAUCUUUAAACCUAACGUGCUUUUGAUCUCUGGUAAAUCUCUGAUUUCUCAUACAGUAAAUAUAAAUUGAUUCCUGCAAUAGACUCUAAAUUAUAGUUACAGUUGGUGAGGAAAUCUUUAUUGAAACACUUGCUGUUGAAUUGCCUGCCUUAGCUCUUGAAUAAAAUUCCAACAGGAGUAUGUUAAAAAAUACCCCUCUGAAGAAUGUGCUGAUUUGUUCUGGUUUUUGUUUGAACUGCAGUGUUUACUACUGAAAACUGAAAUAAUAUGCGGUAUAUAAUUUGAUAUCUUCACCUUGGAUUCAGGCAGAAUGCAUUCAAACUCUGUGAAAUUCUGUAGAUCAGCCUUUAUGGGCUCCAUGAGCUGGUUUAUGAAAGGCUGGAUGUUGUUUGCAUCAUUACUCUACCAGAGAGCACUUUGUGCCUGAGGAAGGUUUGCUUAUUUAUUCAGCCUAUCUGGCCCUUAAGCAAUGUUAGUUAUGCACAGCAAUCUUCAACUGCUGUUCCAUGGGUGCUGAACAAUCCCUUCACUAGUCUUACUGCCUGCAUUCCCCAGGGAAAAAAUGCUUUUAGGACAAAACUUCUUCCUAGAAGCAAAUAUAAAUGCUUUUGCUGUGGUGCCUUCUCAAAAGUGGCAUUGACUUGUAACCUGUUUGCUGAAUGUACUGAGACACGUGAUUAGGCUCACUAAAUGCCACAAGAAAAGCUUAGGCUCACUAAAUGCCACAAGAAAAGCUUUCAUGUUUCUUUGAGAAAUCUCGUUCUUCUAAAUUUUGUAGUAACUCUUGAGUUUGCAGUCUCUGGUAAAAAAUGCUAAAAUGUUAUAGUAAGUGGUUGAAGUAAUGUCUUUCAGUUACUUGUUUGUCACAGUGCAUUUUUACUGAUUCUUGUGCUAAAAAGAGAAUCUCUUGCUCCUCUUCAUUGUUGGUGUAUGUGCCUAUGCUGGUACCAGUGGUACACUGUUGCAUCUUCCAAAUGAUUGUAGUUUAUUUGCAAAAAAGCCUUAAGAAGAAAUUUGCCUGUUCUUUCGUUACUUAAUUGAAGGGUAAAAAAUUCCCUAGGUCUUAUUUGCUCUUGUCUCUGCGGGUGGUAAGUUCAUAUACACAGAAAAGCUUUGAACUAACAAGUAAAGGCCUCUAAUCUUAUGGUUUUAUUUAAAUAUUAAGAAUUUUAAAAAAUUGAUUUAGUUCUGUGAGUUUAUAUAACAUACAUCGUUAUUUAUUUAAUCCAAGAUAAACCAUUCCUUUCUAGUGUGUUUGAUAGCUAUUUUCUGUUUGGUUCAUUUGGGAGACGACUUUGUCCAUGGCACUCUGUUCAAAUCUGUAAUACAUGACGUGUAACAUCUUCUAGCUAGGUGGCACCAUAUGUCAAUAAACUUUGUGAGUUCCCAUUGGUUGGAAUAUGCUACCAUUGAAAUAGAGGGGAAAUUCCUAGGGUGUUUGGUAAAAUCAACUCAGGGUUUCUAUUAAAAAAAUUGAAAAAAUUAAAUGCAUUUUUUCAAUUUUUCCCUCUAAUAACUGCUGUAUGAAAAAGUGUAUUGCGCUAAGGAUGUAAGCAAUGUUAAGAGAAAUCUUAGAUCUGUUCUUCCACAACAUAGAAAUAUAUCAAAGAAAAUGUAAAAUGGUCUAAAUAACUGUGAUUUUUUCUUUUCUCUUUUGUAUGUCUAUCAUCAAACUCAUGUUUUAGCACAGUCAUCACAGUGGCAGCAAAGGGAAUGUUGAGACUGUAUUGCACACAUAGCAAACAUCUUUGUAAACAAGAAUUUGGCAUGGAGCAACUUUAUUCCACUCUCUGAGAUACACAAGUACAGGGACAGAAUUUACCUGUAAAUAUUAGGUAAAAAAUAAAAAAAAUAAAAAAAAAAAA